ACGAACCGAUUCUUUCGCUCGCUCCUUCAAAAGGCCAAAAAGUGUACUGAGAUGGACCGAGAGAGCGGAGGGUAAAGGGUGAAGCUAGGGUUUUUGAGAGCCGGGGGUUUAGGGUUUGGGAAGGGAAGGGGAUUUGGGUUUUAUCUCUCUUUUCUGCUGGAUGAUUUGUGGUGGAGAUGUUCAUGGUUUACAUGCGGAAAUCGUUCAAGGAUUCGCUCAAAGGUCUCGAAGCUGACAUCCAGCAUGCCAACACGCUGGCGUCAGAAUUUCCAAAAGAUGGUGCCCGUCUUCAAAUGCGUAUGUCCUAUAGCUCUGCGGCCCCUUUAUUUCUAUUUUUAGUGCAAUGGAUGGACUGUAGUCUUGCAGGGGCUCUGGGACUUCUGAGGAUUUUGGUAUACAAGGUUUAUAUUGAUGGAACAACAACAAUGUUAACCCAUGAAAAGAAGGCAAGCAUUAAGGAGUUCUAUGCUGUUAUUUUCCCAUCUUUGAUGCAAUUACAUAAGGGAAUAACGGAUAUGGAGGAUAAAAAACAAAAAGCAAUAUGUCUGGAAAGGUACAAGAGAAGAGAUGAUGAUGACAGGAUGCAUUUCUCUGAGGUAGAUGCUGAGAGAGAGGAGGAAUGUGGGAUCUGCAUGGAGUUAAACAGCAGGAUUGUUUUGCCCAACUGCAACCAUUGUAUGUGCUUGAAGUGUUAUCAUGAGUGGCAUUCAAGGUCACAGUCCUGCCCUUUUUGCCGUGAUAGCCUCAAGGGAGUUAGCUGUGGUGACCUGUGGAUCUUGACUGACAGCAGAGAUAUAGUAGACAUGGCAACUGUAACCAGAGAAAAUCUGCUACGGUUGUUUAUGUAUAUAGACAAGCUUCCUCUCAUCAUCCCAGAAUCUGUCUUCGACUCGUAUGAUUCUCAUGUAAAAUAAUCUACUGUUAAUUACUCCAUUGAAUCCAUUCUCUCUUCUGCUCUGGGUUCUUCUUCCAGCUAGUGCCAACUUUUGUUUGCCAGCUGAUUGAAUUAAAUGAUUGUUCCCGUUAUCUGUCCCUCAAAAGCUGAGAAGCUUUCCAAAUAUGAAAUCUGUCUCAGCUUAUAUUUCAAAAAUUGUGGAUUGAGUUUUUGUAAAUUCUCUGUACAGUUGUUCUUUGAAUUAUGCAUUUUAACCUUGAAAUAAGUUAUUUCAUAUA